AUGGCUACUACCACAGAGCAGCAGCAAGCGGCGCUGGUCGAGACAUCCAAGAGACUUGCCGCCUUCCAGGCUGUCAAGGACCACCUCCUUCCUGAGUACACGAGGAUAGGCAUCGGCUCCGGCAGCACCGUCGUCUACGUGGUGGAAGCGAUUUCCGCCCUCGGGCCCGCCGUGACGUCCAAGAUGACCUUCUACCCAACGGGUUCCCAGUCCGAGGAGCUGAUCGAAGCGGCCGGGCUGAACCUGCAAUACAUCAGCAAGCUGCCGGCCGGGCAGCAGCUGGAUGUUGCCUUCGACGGUGCCGACGAGGUGGAUGACGACCUGAACCUGAUCAAGGGCGGCGGCGCAUGCCUGUGGCAAGAGAAGAUCGUGGCCGUCAGCGCCAAGCGGUUCGUCUGCGUGGCCGACUUCCGCAAGCUCUCUCCACGUCUGGGGACCGCCUGGAAGAAGGGAAUUCCAAUAGAGGUGCUACCCAUGGCUGCGCCGAGGGUUCUGGACGAACUCGCCCGGAUGGGUUCCCAAAACCCACGGGUCCGGCCCGGGCUCCCCGGCAAGGCCGGCGCCAUCGUCACGGACAACGGCAUGUGGAUUAUUGACGCACCUUUUGCGCCGCUCCUCCUCCCUAAGGACCUCGAGGACGGCAGUGAGACCGGGAGCGGGGCCAGUGGCGUUUGGACCGUCGACGCCCUUGCGGAUAGGCUGAUCAAGAUUCCCGGUGUGGCCGAGAUAGGCCUGUUUCAUGGCGAGAAUGGGCUGGAGGUUGCCGCGGGCGCUCAGAAGCCCGUCGCUGCGUAUUUCGGAAUGGCUGAUGGCACGGUUCAGGUCAAAACGCCCACUAUUUCCACCAAUUUAAAGAAGCAUGGGGGGUAG